GUAAUUGUUCCUAUUUUAAUUAACAUUUAUGUUUUAGAAAUAUACUUUGAGUGGUAUCCUGGAAUUGUCGUUUGAUAGCGUUUAACUACCAAACGUUUUAGAACUUAUUAUGUAUGAAACCACAUAACUUCCAAAUCAGAGUAUAAACUAGUUGUAAAUUCCUAUAGUCGUAAUUUUAAUUCAUCUUUAUAUCUAAAAAUGUCCUGAAUAGUUUCAUUUUUUUAUUCACAUCCAUAUACAUUUUUGAUUUUAUGUAGAUCUAAAACCGUGCUAGGAACUUUGAAUGAUCGGGAGGCUGCUACUAAAUAGGUUCUUGAAAGUGAAUUGUUUAAAGUUAUGUAAUUUCUCAACAACCGCCAAACUUUCGGGCUUAAGUGAAUUUUUUGAUGAUAGGGCCAAUUGGGGUGAAAUAACCGUACACAGUGGGAGGCCUUGGCGUAAGGAAGAACUUCGACUAAAGAGCAAUGAUGACCUUCACAAACUAUGGUACAUACUUCUCAAAGAGCGUAACAUGCUGAUGACAAUGGAAGAAGAGCAUUCACGCUGUUUGGAACGUAUGCCGAAUUCUGAACGCUUUGAAAAAGUUGAAGAAAGUAUGGAGAAUCUGAUGAUGGUUGUGGAGGAACGUAAUCGUGCCGAAGACGAAUUAGAGAGAGGUGAAUGGAUUGGCCCAAAAGUUGUUGAAAAAGUGGAUCCACUAGGUCGAGCGGUCGCAACGUUGACCAGUGAACAUUUUUCACCUAAAGUCAUCAAAAGUAAUGCAGAAUCAGAUGAGGGCAUGUGGAGUGAGAAAACUUUGAAUCUCUUGCGGUUGGAGAGAGAGAGACAUAUUGUUCAGAGGCGUGAACGUCAGCGGAGACAACGUUACUUUGAUAGACUUGAUCACUGGAACAAGAUUGAUUAUCUUGAUGAAAAGUCGAUUGAAAAACGUGCAAUGUGA